AUGAAAUUAUUAUGCCGAGGAUGGAAAUUUUGUGUAGGUAAUAAAGUAACAAAAACAUUGGAUUUAAAAACCGAUAUAGAACACGGCAUGUAUCAUAUAAAAGAACUAAAUAAGGAAAGAAAAUCAAUUAAGUGGGAGUUGUUAUACGAUGACGUGAAAAUUAAAGCACAAAAUUUGUUAUAUCAGGUGUCUCACAAACGUAUAUCUAAUUUAUCAAAAAGUGAGAUUGAUGCAAUGAGAAAGCUGGAAAAUGAUAAAACAAUAGUUCUGUUGAAAGCAGACAAAGGAAAUGCCAUUGUCAUCAUGAACAAAAAGGAUUAUUAUAGUAAAGUUAUUGAUAUGUUAGACGAGCCUAAAAAAUUCAGCAGUAGUUUAGUUGAUGAUACAUUAGCUGAGGAGAAUAAAAUUAAUAAUCGAUUAAAGCAGCUGAAAGAAAAAAAAAUUGAUCAAAAAACGUAUGAUCGAAUUUUCGUCAGCGGUUGUACGAUAUCGUACUUAUAUUGA